CUCCGGAGGCGCUCUGCUUCCUGCCUGGCGGAGGGAGGGACGGUGCUGACGGCUGGGAGGACGAGUCAAACGACAAGAAAGCCUUAAAAAAAGACAGAAAAGAAGGGAAAGGGCCCGGGGUUCCACCUUCCGUCGGCAUUACAACUUCAGCUCGACACAGCUCAGCGACCCAAUCUAAUGCAAUGUCGUCCAGUCGUCAGCAUAGCGAGAGCAGGGCCAUUCCGACCAGGACGGUGCUGAUCGACGACUCAACGCAGCUACCUCACGAUUAUUGCACCACUCCUGGAGGCACUUUAUUUUCAACUACCCCGGGCGGCACCCGGAUCAUCUAUGACCGUAAGUUCCUGUUAGACCGGCGUAAUUCCCCUAUAGCCCAGACUCCACCAGCACACCUGCCCGUCAUCCCAGGAGUGACGAGCCAAAACAUCCUGAAUGAGAAGAAGAAGAAUGAAGCUAAUAACAUCAAUAACCAUGAUGGCAAACCAGGAACAGGUGAAGAUGCUCAGUUUGAGAUGGACAUCUAAAGAAGAGGAACCAACGUGAUGAGCGAAUAAUAAUCUGGCGUCCAUGUGCCAGUGGCUUGGCUUGUAGAAACCAAUGUUGUGAGCCCUCUCCUUUAGCUCUCUCUAGCUGUUGAUUGCUAAAUAAUCAUGGGGAUAGUCGACUCCUGUUGGCCCGGUGGGCUGCUGGAGCCCUGAAAGUUAACAAAUGAUUCUGAUUUGUUUGAUUAGGUUUCAGGGCUACCAACAGCUGCACAUGCUUUGGCCACACAGCAAGGAAAAUGUCUGUAUGUAAGUGCCCAAAUGUAACGAUUAAUGUAAACAGAUUCACUUGCAAAAGAGCCACCAAGAGAUUUCUUCAUGGUGAUUUAGUGCCGUUUUCACAGUAAGAUAAAUGAUCCAAAAUGCUCACUCAGUGUCUGUCAUCCAGACAUCUACUCAUCAGUGCACCUUCUGUUACCUCCUUGUUGUUUCAUCAUUUUCAAUAGUGUCAACCUUUUGAGUAUGUUUUAUUUUAUUUUUUUUUCCAGAAAAGGUCUAGUAGCAUUGACUAGCAUCAUGCAUUUUGGUUCAGAUUUAAAGAGCACCAUUUUCAUUCCAAGCCUUCAAAUUGGGCACUGAUACAUAGCUGGAUCCACUGUUUUUUUUUUAAAUGUGCUAUCACAAACUUCAGAUUCAGCAUGGGGAAAAUAGUUUUAUAAAAUGCCUAAACCAUGGACCUUAAGUAAGAAUUGCAGUUGGAAUCCUGCCAAAUUUCUACCCCAUUUUUUCCCCCCUCUUUAUUUAAGGCAAAAAAUCUGUUGGAAAAAAAUAUUGAUGACCAGGUGGUCUUCAGCUAGGGAUACUGUGUUCCGUUUUUAGAUUGAUCCUGCUAGCAAUAUAAUUUGCCCCUGCCUUUGAUUUCUGAGUAAAUCCUGAUGAUACUUGAAGCAUUACCAUCAGCUUUGUGGUCACUGAGUCUAAUAAACAACAAAUACUGUAGUACAGGUGACCCAAAAUUAGUUGUUGGUCAAAGGUAAUGACAACAUGCACAACUUUGGACCAGUGAAUGGUUAAAUAUGAUUUAUAAAUAGGUAAUGAAUAGAAAGAAGCCCCAUUCCAGAGCUGGUCUCAAAAUGCACUUAUGUCAUGUACAAUACAUCACUUUUAGCUCAUAUAGGUGAAAUAACAGGGAAGUAUAUAUAUCAUAAUGCCAGUUGUGACGUCUACUUUCGCUUUCCGUUUGCUACUAUAUUUACAAUCCUCCAACAUCGGAUCAAAGGUAGGAAAGCACUGAAGUGUUGUCAGGAAGUUUGCUCUGCUAUUAUGCAUCACUGAUAAUGCAGUUAGGAAAAUUCUAACAGCAUUUGAGAUGAUGGAUAGUUGCAGUGGCCUGACAGUUGAUAUAUAUUUUUUUUUGUUUGUUUGUUUUGAUGGAUCAAAAGCUUGAAUGAAACAUUUCCAAUUCUCUUCUAUGCAUAUUGUUUAAGCUCUUGUAUAUCUUAUCCUAAGCUCAGAUGUCAGCAUUAUAAAAAUGUUGUAUUUCUGUGAAGUUUUUUGAAUUUUUGUUUCCUGCUUCCUCAUGGGAAAUGGAAAAGGCUUGAGAUUUUCCACAGGAGAGCAAAGCAAUUGUCUUUAAAGAGUGACUUAAAAGAGAAUACAAUUCAUUCUCUCCUUUACACCUUUUGCGCUUAAAUCAUUCAUUUGUCUUUUAAUAUAAGUCUCUUUACCCAUGCCUUACUUUAUUAAGCGUCACAGCUGUGACUUAAACAAGUUUAGUUCCCUUUUUUCCAAAAUGCUAACACUUUUUUUUUUUUCUUCUUUUUCCUUUUCUGACAUUAGGAUUAAGAUGUUUAUCAGAAUUCAUUUAUAUUUUUGGAGACAGGUUAGUUAUUCCUUUUCUCUGCUUUAGAGGUAAAAGGUUUGGGCUUGCAGCAAUAUAUUGGUUGAAAUAAGAUAAGUGAUUGGGUCAACUUAAAUUGGAACUGAUUGGAUUUAAUGGCUCAUGAUUUUUGCUAAACAUUGCAAACGCUGAUUAAUUCCCAACCAUUUUAUUUUUCUACCAUUUGAAUUUACAAUUUAACUCACAUUUUGGAUUUAAAUACCAAUUGGCAAGAUGAAAUGUAUGUUGAAGCAGCUGGUGGUGUAUUUGCUGAAUGUACUCUCGUAAUGUAUCGUGAGCUGUCAAAUCCACAGUGUCUUUCAACCCCUUAACUGAAACUGUGUAUUUUUACAUACCGUACCCAUUGGAAUUCAUAAAUUGCCCAUCAGAGACAGGUAUACCUUUUGUAAGAGCCUUCCCAGAUUAAUUUACCAAAUGGCAUACAAAAAGUGGCACAAAUGGUAUUUUUUGUUCUGUAAUUGAGACCCUGUAAAAUUGACGUUAAUUUAAAUUAAAUUCCAAUGCCAGUGGACACUAUUACAGCAAAAUCAAUAAAAGUUCCUUGAAAACAAAA